UAUUAAAAUUUUAUCACCAACCAAUCACAAUCGUAAUUUGUGUAAAUAUAUUGUUGAUAUAAGAAUACGUAAUGAAAAGUAGAAUUCGUAUCUGGUCGUCGUCAUUUGAAAAUGUUGGAAUUAAAUUAUUUUGUCGACGAAUACUAUUCAAAUGAAACAUGUCUUUGUCUUACUUAUCGUCGUAUAUUGCAUAAUUUCACUAAUUUUGCGGAAACAUGAAAAUCGAUCUGUUGCUUCCAUAAUUACCACCGAGUUCGGUUUCCCGCUGGAGUAAUUUUCAUAUCAGCUUAUUAAAUGAAGAAUUGAUACACCAUUUUCAACCCUUGUCUUCUUACCUCGACCAUUACCAUCAUGAAUAAUACAGAAAACGAACUGCAAAGCAAUUCAGUCAAAAGUCGCCCAAAGGGGCUUUAUCCGCUCAUAGUUCCAGAUGUCCCGACUGUUACCGAACCACCGCCGGAGAAAGAGAAACCCAGUUACAGAGCAAGAUUUUUCUCCAGAAUUAGUAACAGAGAAUCGAAAAAAGCGGACGAAUUUGAGCCUACUAAACCAAAAAAGGGUCCAAUUCCAGAAACGUUCAGUAGAUCAAAAAGUGUUUCCGACGAUAGAAGCAAUAAUUCGUUGAUUAAUUGGGUUUGCCCUAAUGAUCGACAAUUGAUGCUAAGAGCGAAACUACGUAUCGGAUGGUCAGUGAAAGCAGAAUUAUAUGAGAAGUACGGUUGCAAACCAAAACCACUGAGCGAAUCGGAACAAGAGAUCAUAUCAUCUGUGAUAAAACGUGCAGAAGCAUUGGAGAAGCAGGAACAAGAACGAAUAGGGCGUUUGGUUGAAAGAUUAGAUAACAUGAAAAAACAUUCUCUAGGAACUGGAACGAAACAAUGCGUACUUUGCGGAGACAAAUUCGGAUUUCUUGGCUCAGCUUGCAUGAUAUGUCAUGACUGUAAAAAAUGUGUUUGCACGAAAUGUGGUAUCGAAACCACCUGCGCCAAGCAGAGGGAAACUAUCUGGUUAUGUAAAAUAUGUGCCGAAACGAGAGAAAUGUGGAAAAAAUCUGGAGCCUGGUUCUAUAAAAGUAUGCCGAAAUAUGUGUUACCUCCGAAAACCGAUAUGUUCCCUAUGAAUUAUCGUAUGUGCGAACGAGAUCCUCUAUGGUCAAAUACAAUGGAAUCCGGUAAAGAAGAAGAAGAAAGUAGUUCAGAAGAUGAUGUCAGAACGACUCGAUCAGCUCCGGCAAGAUACAACCUGGCAAACAGUUCUGUUUCUCCUACAUCUCCUGGGAGUACUAAGAAUGUUCCGCCCAGUACAGCCAGUUCGUCAUCGCUGAGUUCCAGAAUGGCUAAAGUUACGAUUUCAGAAAGUAAUCAUAAUUUCGGAAAUAGAAAUAAAUUUCCCAACGAUCGCGUUUACCUUCGCGAAGAAAGUUUUGAAUCUGGUUCUAGUCGUACUCAAAGUUCCGAAUCGGGUGGUUCAGUUCCUCAGAUUUUUGUGAAUUACUGUGAUGCGGAGUCUGGUUUUGAAUCUAAUAAUCGUGAAUUAUCAGGAUCUGAUAAAAGUUCCGUAUCGAGCGGCGUAAUAGGUCAUCAUGCUAAUGAAGAAUAUCCGGAAGAGGAUUCAUCGGUCGACUCGGUUCCUAAAGUAGAUUCUAGUAUGGGCACAAUUGAACUUAGCAUUCAGUACGAUCCUGAUGCAAAUUCCCUUCAUAUUUCUUUGCACAGUGCGAAGAAACUUAAAGCAAUGGAUAUUAAUGGUCAUUCGGAUCCAUUCUGUAAACUAAAUUUAUUACCUGUUGGGGCUAAAUCAUAUCGAUUGCGUACGAGAACAGUAAAUAAAACUGUGAAUCCGGAAUUCAACGAAACCUUGACGUUUUACGGGAUCACUGAUAAUGACAUUUUAACGCAGUCUCUUCAUAUACUUAUUUUAGAUGACGACAAAUACGGUCAUGAUUUUUUAGGAGAAGCUAAAUUUCCUCUACACAAGUUGAAACCUCGCGUUACUAGAGAUUUAUGUCUUAAUUUAGAAAAACAUAUCCCGGGUGAUUUGGAAGAUGAAGUUUGGGGAGAAGGAUGUGGCUCAAAUGGUCAGAUUGCCUUGACAUUAUUAUACUCGACUAGAAAACGAGCAUUAAUUGUUGGUGUUGUACGGUGUUUUAAUCUCAUACCUAUGGACAGUAACGGAUAUUCCGACCCAUUUGUCAAGUUGUGGUUAAAGUCUCCAGAAGGAUCCUCGCCAAAAUACAAAACUAGUAUUAAAUGGAAAAACUUGAAUCCCGUAUACAACGAAGAAUUUAUUAUCGAUACGAAAAUAACUGAUCUCUCGAGAAAGUCGCUUAUCAUCACUGUUUGGGACAAAGACCCCGGAAGAAGUAACGAUUAUUUAGGUUCUCUGGAAUUAGGAUGCCAUUCGAAAGGAGAACGUUUAAGGCAGUGGAUCGAUAUGAUUAAAUAUCCUGAUCAUAAACACGAAGGCGUUCAUAAUUUAAGCGAAGAAGUUAUACGUCAUUAAAAAUAUUUUAUUUGUUUAUGUCGAAAACUAUAUCAAACUUAUCGCCAAAUAUUUUUAUAACAAAUUUUCUAAUUUUUCAAUUCUUUGUACCAAGUUACUUUUAUAUUUCUUAACAAAAUAUUUUUUAUUAGCUUUUUAAAAAACUCAAUUGAUGUGUAUCCUGUUGAACAGUAUUUUUAUUAUUUUAUAUAUGUUGAAAAUUAUUGAUUGUUUCACCAUUUUCUGUUGUUGAUGUUUUAAAUAUUGGUGUUUUCUUACCACUAUAUACUUUUUUUGAGACAUUCCUAUAUCGACGUUGAAUUAAGCAUAUCUAGUCUUGUAAUUUUAAAAUGCCUUAAAUUUAAUGUUUUUUUUUUUUUUAAAUUAAACGUAUUGCCAAUUCCAACCAAGAAUAAGAUCUCUGCUACGAAAAAUAGCAUUUAAUUUUUGUAUCGUUAUUCGUUUGUGUGUAUACAGAUAAAUUGUUAAUUACCUACUAUUCAUUGUUCUGUUUUGAAAGCUUUCAAUAAAUAUCUGUCCAAUUUUCAA